AUGACUACUUGCGUCGCUACCCAGACUUUCACCCACGUCUCUCUCAAGGCGUACCAUCCGGAGUCGGACUACACCACCUCCGCCGAGCCCGGCAAGCCUCGUCCCGGCAGCCCCGGUCCCAACAAGCCCGACAACUGUAGCUUCGAACCCGGCAAGCCUCGUCCCGGCAGCCCCGGUCCCAACAAGCCCGACAACUGUGGCUUCGAACUCGGCCCCAUGAAGAGGGACGAUCCUAUCCCUCGUCCUCAGACCCCCUUGGUCCCGGUUCCCAACUCUGAUGACGACCCGAUUCCCCGUCCCCAGACCCCUCUGGUUCCCGUCCCCAACAGCGACGGCGACGGCGAUUCCAAGCCCGCUCCUCGUCCUCCCACCCCUCACCCUAACGGUGACCGCCUCGAUUUGGACCCCAUCCCCCGCCCGCAGACCCCUCUAGUCCCGGUUCCCAACAGCGAUGACAUGCCGGUCCCUCGCCCCCAGACUCCUCUAGUCCCGGUCACCUCCGACGACUCUGAUGACGAGUGCCUCGACGAUGAGAUGCCCGUUCCUCGUCCCCAGACCCCCCUCGUUCCUGUUACUUCUGACGAUUCCGACGAUGAGUGCCUCGAUGAUGACAUGCCCGUCCCUCGCCCUCAGACUCCCCUAGUCCCGGUUACUAGCGACGAUUCUGACGACGAGUGCCUUGACGAGGAAAUGCCCGUUCCUCGUCCCCAGACUCCCCUCGUCCCAGUCACUUCUGACGACUCGGACGACGAGUGCCUCGACGACGAUCCUAUCCCCCGUCCCCAGACUCCCUUGGUGCCCGUCCCUAACUCCGAUGAGCUGGAUCCCAUCCCCCGCCCUCAAACCCCUCUCGUCCCCGUCCCCAACAGCGACGGCGAGGGCGACUCCAAGCCCGCUCCCCGCCCUCCUACUCCCCACCCCAACGGAGAUGAUGAGAUGCCCGUUCCUCGCCCUCAGACUCCUCUAGUCCCGGUUACCAGCGACGAUUCCGAUGAUGAGUGCCUUGAUGACCUCGAUCCUAUUCCUCGUCCUCAGACGCCGAUGGUGCCGAGGCCUAAUGCUGAUAUGGUUAAGCCGGUUGCUUGCUGCUAA